AUGGGAGCCCGCUGUAGCUGCUUGGAAGGCCUGAAAGGCGGCGCCAAGAGAAAAAAACUGGCGACGCCCAAGAAGGGCUUCAAGGUCUGUGUUUGUGGAGGUGCUGGUGGCAUCGGGCAACCGCUAUGCCUUCUGAUGGCCAUGGAUCCUCGAGUCUGGGAGUUGUCGGUCUAUGACCUGACCAUUGCCAUGGUCCCGGCCGAAGGCAUUGGCGCAGAUCUGGGACACAUCGAACGGCCCUGCCGCGUGAAGGCGUACUCCUUGGACACUACGCAGAAGCCCGUGGAUCACUUGGAGCAAUGCCUCAAAGGUUUGAACAGUCCUACGGUCCUACAUCCUGAUUUCUGCAGCUGGCAUCACACCACGGGUGCCGGGGACGUCUUGGAAGUGAAAUCCCCAGAAGGAGAGAGGAUUGAAGUUGUGGUACCCGAAGACACGGAAGCUGGAAGAGACCUCCCUCCUGAAAAGCCGUCAGAUUCCCCUCCACUGCUAUCAGUAGUGAUGCCUGAAGAUCUUUUUGCUGGAGACGUCUUGGAAGUGGAAUCCCCAGAAGGAGAGAGGAUUGAAGUUGUGGUACCCGAAGAGACGGAAGCUGGAAAGACGCUGACUGCUGAGAGUCCUCCAAAGUGA